GCGUGGCCGAAGCGUUUGAUUAGACCGACGGUUCCAAGGAGCAGCGCUGCUUAUUUUGCAUUUUUUUAGCGAUAAAGACGGGGGAAGCGCUGUAUUUCGAGGUCAGGGGGUUACAAAUGAAGAAAGUAAAAUAAUGUCAAAUAAUUUCAGGUUAGCUUGAUGUCAACGUCAGAGCGCUUUUGUUAUGAUUUGGCGUUGAUAUCGGCGAUGUUUACUGUGCAGCCCAUUAAGUUCCUCUGAAGGGUGGCCAGUAACGUUAACUGGAGCCUUCGACUGCUUAAAUAUUUGGCAGAAAAUACGAAAAUUCACAUUAUUUGUCAUAUAUCGUACGGUGGCGCCAAGCCAGUAAUUAACUCUGGAGCAGGACACGGAGGAUAGUAUGGCCAUGACAGUGGAGACUGCAGCUGCCCUUCCCAUGAGCAAUCACACCCGAGAGAGGGUGACUGUGGCCAAGCUGACACUGGAGAACUUCUACAGCACUCUACUCACCCAGCACGAGGAGCGGGAGAUGAGGCAGAAGAAGCUGGAGAAGGCCAUGGACGAAGAGGGUUUGCCAGAUGAGGAGAAAGUAAUGCGCCGCUCGCAGCAUGCCCGCAAGGAGACUGAGUUUCUGCGACUGAAGAGGACGCGACUUGGCUUGGAUGACUUUGAGUCCCUUAAAGUUAUUGGACGGGGUGCUUUUGGAGAGGUCCGCUUGGUGCAGAAAAAAGACACAGGGCACAUUUACGCCAUGAAGAUUUUGAGAAAAGCAGACAUGCUGGAGAAAGAACAGGUGGCUCAUAUCCGGGCAGAGAGGGAUAUUCUGGUGGAGGCGGAUGGCGCCUGGGUGGUCAAGAUGUUCUACAGCUUCCAGGACAAGAGGAACCUCUACCUCAUCAUGGAGUUCCUUCCUGGAGGCGACAUGAUGACCCUGCUGAUGAAGAAAGACACCUUGUCUGAGGAGGCCACCCAGUUCUACAUCGCAGAAACAGUUCUGGCCAUCGACUCCAUCCACCAGCUGGGCUUCAUCCACAGAGACAUUAAACCAGACAACCUGCUGCUGGACUCCAGGGGACAUGUGAAGCUGUCAGAUUUUGGCCUGUGUACGGGACUGAAGAAGGCUCAUCGCACAGAGUUUUACAGGAACCUGACGCACAACCCCCCCAGUGAUUUCUCCUUUCAAAAUAUGAACUCCAAGAGGAAAGCAGAGACCUGGAAGAAGAACCGGAGGCAGCUGGCUUAUUCUACUGUUGGAACACCAGACUACAUUGCUCCUGAAGUCUUCAUGCAGACGGGAUACAACAAGCUGUGUGACUGGUGGUCUCUGGGGGUCAUCAUGUAUGAAAUGCUCAUCGGUUACCCACCCUUCUGCUCUGAGACGCCACAGGAGACAUACAGGAAGGUGAUGAACUGGAAGGAAACCCUUGUCUUCCCGCCUGAAGUCCCCAUCUCAGAGAGGGCCAAAGACUUGAUAUUAAAGUAUUGUAUUGAUGCUGAGAACAGGGUUGGAGCUGUGAGUGUGGACGAGAUCAAGAAUCACCAGUUUUUUGAGUCAGUGGACUGGGAGCACAUCAGGGAGCGGCCAGCAGCCAUCUCCAUUGAAAUCAAGAGUAUCGACGACACCUCAAACUUUGACGACUUCCCUGAAUCAGACAUCCUUCAGCCAGCCAAUGCAACGGAGCCAGACUUCAAAUCGAAGGAUUGGGUGUUCCUCAACUACACGUACAAACGCUUUGAGGGUCUGACUCAGCGAGGCACCAUCCCCACAUACAUGAAGGCAGGGAAGGCCUGACACGGGGAGACAGGGUUGCGGAG